AUGCACGCAGCUCCAGUCAUAGUCGCUAUUGACUUAUCAAAUCGACCUCUCCAUUCUAACAGCCUGCUUGGUUCCCCUCCCAUUAGCACCCCUGUUGAAGAUAACACCCCCACAAAUGCUGCUCAUCAGUUCGAUAAUCCUUUGCAGGACUCGGCGUCUCGUGAAGUCAUGAUUCGCAUCGUCUCCGGUUGUCGAUCGCCAGAUGCAGAUGACAUUGAAAUCCCAGGUUCUUGGGAGCGGUUGGAUUCUACAGUCUAUAGGUUCACGCCGGCAUCUGUAUGGCCAACAGACUGUAUUAUCCAUGUUGUGUCUGACGGCCCUUGGGAUGAAAAACCUGAGACUUCACCUCAGGAACCUGGCGACGCUCUGGAUUCGUCCUCGUCUCCAGUAGGCACCCCAGCUUACUGCAACGACGGCGCUGCUGCUUACGGCACCUCGGUCUCUACCGGGCAGCUCAAAGCUCGUCUCCAUCUGAAUGUUGAUACAAAUGGCACUUUAGUUACAGAUGCUUCACGGAGGCAGCGCGUGCGCCCCGGGACUUCACCGGCUGUACGGAUGCCACUGCGUAGCAGUGCCGUGCUCAAAACGUUUUUCACAGCAUCUCUGAGCUUCACGGUAACUGCAGUCACUUCCUCAAUGGCGUCUGCCGCAUCCGACGGACUGUGGAUGCCGAUCCAUGACGGCGGGUGUGGAGACCAACUUGCAAGUGCGCAUGAGGUACCACCUGACGGCAGACUAAGGGUCGUGUUUUCUUUCCCUAUUGACUUGUACAUCCUCCGUGACCCAAAGCGUGCUUUUCUGGUAAUUUUGGAGCAUGGUUCACGCGCUGGAGAGGCGGCAGGUGGAUCGUCUGCCGUACGGUUCACAGCGUCUGACUGUGCAGGGGAGCAUUCAACAGAUGUCUACGAUGAUAUUGAUCCCAGAUCGUCCUCUCACUUGCGAAGAAGGAAACUGUCCUCCCUUGGGCUAGCGGACGAGGAAGUGAACUUGUUGGACGCAUGGCAGAAGAAGACAGCGCAGGUUGAAGGACAAACACUUUCUCGUGGCGAGUGCGGAGUCCCUCCAGUUCGAGAAAAGGCGAACAUCGCUCGUGCCGCCGGAAAGGCGGAGAGAUUGACACGUUGUGUAGAUUUCACUUUUCCAGAUCCACUAAAGACCGACACCCUCUACCGAGUCGUCCUUCUGAAGAACAAGAGAUACCGAGAAAAGCACAGCUGUCCUUACGGUUGUGCGCGGCGAACGGCCACGAGACGCGCCGGGAGAGGCGCGUUACAAAGGAGAGGGGUCGGCUCUCCUGAUGACAAGUUUUCGGAUCUCGACGCGGAACCAUCGGCGGGAGCGGCCUUCACACCUAAAUGCCCGUAUUCGUCGCAGCCAGUGCAACGCGUGCCCGUCUUCCUAACUGGACUUCGGGCAUUUCGCUUUUCAUCCUGCGAAAAACACGAAGCAACGGGCUUGAAUAUCUCUCCGUCAGGAGAGAAAUCUGAAGGACCAUCAAUUUCACGGGCAGGCACUACCACCUCUGUGAAAUCAGGCCUCGCCGACGACUCUCACAUCGGUUCCCUAUCGACAAGUAUAGAAAAUGAAGGCGCCCAGCGCAUGUCAUAUGGUGCCACGCUCACCUCUUCCCCAAAGGCAUCUAACCGAUUACCUGCUUUUGCGAAGAUGAAGUACCAGAGGUUGCGUCUGGACACUCUUCAUGGCUUGCCCAGAGGCUUCGACACGGACCAGUUUGCACAGUGCCUUUGUCUCACAGAGUUCGGGCACCCGACGCAGCAACUGCCUGUUCACGUCCGACGUGUGGGGUCUAAUUCUCUCGAGACAUUUUCACCGGCAUUGUUGCCGCGAAGGAAGUACCAUCUGCGUAUACGAACGCGACUCUGCAGGGAAAAGGGUGUUCCACCUGUAGACGGCCUCGGGGUGCCGCUGUCGGACGGCGACCUGUACUUCGAGAUGGAGGACGGCCCCGUUGACUCUCUCGCCAGCUUGAGUGGCGCCGUAUGGUUCCCACUGACGCGGGAUGUAGCAGGUAAACGAAUGGAUGCCGGCCGGAUUCGCGGGCGCGCUGAUGCAGUGUGCCCCACUGCAGCAAGCAGCCAUAUCCAACUGCGAGGUAUAGAGAAGCCGAGGGGCGCAGAUGAGAUUGGUGACUUCAGAGGCGCUGAGGGUACCGCAGCAGUAGCGGAUGAGAAGUCAUCUUCUGCGCGGGGGCCGGCAAUCCGAGCAAACGGAGAAAACGCGAAACAAGAGCGUAGCACUGGAAGCAACAGCUACACUGAAGAACCGGUUUCUCGAGAAGAGAUCCUCCUUCAGGCCCUUCAGGCUGUUGAAGUAAAUUUCUACAGGCAGCCCGCUCUGCUUCUGAGACCGUCCACUCGAACUUUCGAGGUUUCUGCCAACACGCCGACGUCUUGUGCUGCGCCGGGGCCCGGAUCUGUGUCGAGCCGCCUCAUUCCCGUAGAUCUCACCUUUUCUAACCCCCGCAGCCCGGCCCCGGUCGCCUUGAUUCAGUGGCGUAAAACUGAUCUUGCAGGACAAAAUAGUACCACUCGAUCCUCCGGAGCGCUCGUUUCUUCCCAGCGCUCUGCACUGGUUGGCUUUACAUCACUUGGGGUGAGCGUGUCAGUCGUGGCUACGUAUGAAACGCAUUCGUUUGAUGUUCCCAUGAGCCAAGCUGGUGUUCCCGUUUUAACGCACCAGCAUCAGUUGUAUCCUCGAGAGGUGCAGCAUCGGACGGCGGAGCUCCUAGUUGACGUCGUGGACCUCGACACGGCAUGGCCGCUAAACAAUGCUACAAUACAGCUUCUGAAAGGGUCACUUUCGUUCUUCCCUGCGAACAACAAGGACAUAGGUGGAGGCGAUUACAGUAGUGCUUCUCCUUUGGCUUCACCUGGGGAUCAUGCAAGCGUAGAAGACCACCGUGCUGCAAACACUACCCAGUGGUCCACGAAUACGAGAGGCUUUGCUCGAAUCUCUCUUCCAGAGAGUGUAGGCCCCUUCGACCCUCUGUAUGUUGUGAUAACCGCAAAUCGCGAUGCACUGGCCCUUCAGCACCAACGGAAUACGACGCAAAGCGAGGCCGGCACGCAAGAAACCGCUCACCUCUCCACUCCAGAAGCCACACCGCCGACGAACAAGCGCGGCCAACUGACGGAGGAGAGAAGUUCUAAUCGAACGAGAGGGCACGGAGACGCGGAGCGCUCAGAAGGCAGUGGCGGAUCGCGCUCCCCUGGUUUACAGAGUCUUCUUGCUUCCGCGAACCAUGCAGCAUUGACGGAGAAGAACCACGGCGGUAUGGGGCGCGGCAGAUACGCAACGGGAUAUGCAUAUGUUGGUGGUCCGUACUUCAUUCCACUAAGCCCGGGGCGCCAGCGACUUGAAAUCGAAGAGGCAGCGAAACGCAAGGCACAGCUGUUUCUUGAACAGCAGAGCAAGACACAACAAAAGGAACCAAAACGCCGACAGGCGUGGCUUGACAACGUGUCUGCGAAGCUUGCGUCGUUUUCCUACCAACGGCAGCAGAUGCAGGCGGUACUAAUCAGCGAUAGGCCGGCCUAUGCUGCUGGAGAGAUUUUGAGCUUAAUUGGUUUUAUCACUGUAAGCGGAGCGAAUGCCUGCCAACAAAAAAGUGGGCUUUCCGCCGAUGGUGACAGGGAAGGCAGCGAGACUCCUCGACCCAAGCAUGCUCCCACAGCAUCUGGGGCGUGCCUGCCUCACUGGGCCCUUGAUAUUGAGCCAACAACUGGCCUGAACGGAAUGCAGAAGAGCGACCAGCAACAGGACGCACCAGAAGGGGGUGACGCCGCCGAAUCCUCAGGGACUCAACGCGUCUCUUCAGGUUCAGAGCUCCCCUUGAGUUCUCUGUACGUGGUCGCCACGUUUCAGUGGUCCGACGAGAGCCGUACGCAGCCGGCGAAUGCUUUGUUCUUCCCGCAACAGCCGGUCCCCGUCAUUGAUCAUCGAGGUACCGGGCACACAUCCAGAGUCAGUGGAGCCCCUGCGCGAGAGACACCAGCCUCGACCAUGACAUCGUCUCUUCCGGAAGGCCUCAAUUUUGAAUUUUCUCCCCGGAGCAGAGAUAGAGAUGACGAGCCGAAAAGGUCUAAUGUGCCUUCGCCUUCGACAACAGACAAGGGUGCGAGUACCGACGUCCGCUCACGGCUCUCAAUCGUUCGGCAUACGACGCCACACGGCGACGAGGAAAUGGAUGAUGCCCUCAAAUUGUCAGCAACGAAGAGCAAGGAGUACAGCAUACUGAAAGAGCCAUCCGCGAGUUUUCCUCGUCAGGGUCUUGCCUGUUCAGACUUCCUGGUUCCCUUGGACGAAGUUGGUUCCUUCUCGCUGAGAGUUCAAAUCCCAUUUGGUGCUACGCAUCGCGUUCUGCACACGCCCGCACUUCGUGUGGUUUCGCCACUCGUGGCGCUUGAGCUCAUGGCCAGUCAAGAAGGUCAGCAGUGGAAACAUUUUCCCGGUAGUGCCACCGACAAGUCUGUCUCUACAGAGGAUGCUGAGGGCGGGCGGAAGGCGUCUGCGUCUUCCAGCUCCACUCUUCUUUUGCAGCAGAAGUCAAGCGGAAGCCACCUUUACGAGACAACAGAAUCCGCUGAAAUCCGGCUCAGUCGUUACUUGCCUUGUGCGUUCGAAAGCGCCUCCGAUUUGUCGUUGCUUCGCAAACUCCGUAGACGCGCGGAUAUCAUUCCAGUGAAAGUGAUUUCUUUUCCCCGCCCAGUUCUGGCAGCAUCUAAGCUUCCCUCCGUAAGGUUCAUGCCCCAUCGAUUGACAGUCACACCAGUCGUCGCACCUGACGGGGCACUGACCGCAAGAGGAACUCUCAGGAAGAUUGGCGCUAGAGAAGCCACUGGCACCAGCCAUAGAUCUUCAUCCACCUCUUCGUCUGCCUCUCCCAUUUUCAUAGCCUCGCUGUCGCUUCGACUACAAAGGCGCGACUUGCGCGAAGGGACUCCCAAACCUUCUGUCACUCAGGACACGUUCUCCUCGCCCUCUUCCCAAAGUCCUACUGCAACGAAAUCCGCGUCCUCGCAGAGCAUCGCCCCAGCGGCUGUCCAGGUUCCCCUCGAGUCUCCGGCCACGCCGCCACUUGCACGCAGCGCAGGUGCGCUUCUGCAUGCGAGGUCCACGUUCGAGCGACAGCUGGUUCGAGCAAGCAUGUUAGCUUUCGAAGCGGACGGAGAUUCGACAGCGAAACGCACGAUGAGGGAACAGCGAACUUUCGCAGAAGAGGCGACAUCAGCAGACGGUGGCGCGUUUCCCUCCCGAAGCCAGCAUGCAGUAGAGCAGCAGCCCGAAAAUAAAGUCUUCGCUGACCCCGUGGCAGAAGCAGACAUAAGCUCAAAGCAACCUCCCCCUCAAGACGUUUGCAGGUCCCCGUGCCAUUGUUUGGAGGACAGAGGAGGAAACAGCCAGUGGGGUCUCACGUCUUUGCAGCCAGGCGUAUCCGUCUCGUACACUCAGCGGAACAAGAUGUUUCACCUUCGUCUCCGCGAUGUACCUGUGGAUCGUGAAACAGGGGAGUUUGCAGGGACUUUUGAUCUAAGCCUCCUCCGCUAUACAUGUGCUGAAAGCCGCAAAGCGGAUGACCCGCAGGAUGCUGUUCUUAGUUGCAUCUGCGGCGACCUCGGCGUGGACUUUCGCAUUGGAUCUCGCUUAGAAUGGCAAGCGGAGGCCAGCGGCGGUGUGCCGGAUGAGCCCAGCAGUCGGGUUGCGGCCACAUCCAUAGUGAGCCGCUUGCUCUACAAGCUGCUACCGAUCUCGAUGUCCCCUCUGCGGUUCCUGCCUGGGGUGCCGUUCAUGGUCUCAGCAAAAGUAGUUCCGCUUUCGAAAGCAAAACAGAGGUACGACCGAAGCAAGGGGCUCCACGAUGACAAUAUAGAGCUCUCUUUCUCUCUAUUCAGGAUAAGCCUCCAGAAAGGAACGCCUGGAUUCGAUGAACUCGAAUCAGGAAACCGAAACAAAGAGGGGGAAUUCACGGAAGGACAUGGCUUACGGUCGUGUCCACAAGGUGUUGUCAAGACGAGACAGGGAGGAGGUAUUGAUGCCGAAGCCAUGAAAAGGAUGCCAAACGUUGUGCCAGUACAGCGCUGCCGUGCAGUACGCCUCCAAGGGAGGGCCGACGUGGAUGAGUCUGAAGGCAUCGAAAGGUCAUGCGUCAUGAAUACGCCCGUAGAUUCGCAUCCCUACCUCCUUGUCACGGAAAUGUGCAUCAAGAAAGUUCCUUCAUUGGCAGAUGCCGGAGUCACAGGAAGUGCACAUUCGGGAGCAAUACAAGAAAAGGAACCCCUUGUCUACAGGCGAGAGCAACUCGAUGGUGUUGCCAAUCCACCUCAACAGGGGCAAACAGGAAACGAGGCACAGGAUGCAAAGGUGAGACAGCAUCCGGGCGAGAUAUCAUGGAAGACAGACGCGAAUCAGCAGCAAACGCUACGUGCUUCUGCCCAGCGAAAGAUCCAGACGGAGCGUGAGCCCGACCGAAGCGGGGUGAGGGACUGGGGGUGCUACGUCGACUGCUUGGUACUCCAGGCAACAGAGAAAACGCUGGACACACGAAAGCUUGCAGUCCUUGUGGAUACUGGAAAGCGUGUGUAUAAUGCGGGAGAGGAAUUUAUCCUCUCAUUUCUAAACCCUUUCGGACACUACUCAGCCAUUAUACCACGAAAGAAAGAAGAUUCCUCUUCUUCUCGAGCACCAAGCGUGGAAGCGACCAGAGCGUCAAGCGUGGAAAGCGGCAAGCGCCACCUCGGUGCGUCGAAGAGCAAUGAAAGCAUGACUCCCGUUCCCACAGAAAAAAGCCCGCAUCUUCCACUUUCUGACGAAGAGGACAAACGGCCUACCCAUCCAAUCCCGGAAAAGCAGACGUGGCAGGUUCCAGAUAUUAACGCAACUGCGGUCCUCAUAGGUGAGGCGCGGACCCGUGAAACCCUUUUCGUGCCGAGUGACUCUGCGCUGCACGAGGAGGAAGGCAGCACGUAUGCCGACGAUGACUCCGUAUUUGUGUCAAUCUCUAGCCUACCCCAUAAUCAGACGACGCCCCACCUGCGAGCGAAUGCUGCUCUCCUAUCUCCUAUCACGAAUCAGAGGUUGUCCGGCCCAGCUCGGAACUCCCAACGCCAGUCUGGCCAUGCGAAAGCCAUGGGAGACUUGUCGUGGAGCUCGCGCUUGAAUAUCACAUGGCUGGUGAAGGGAGCGUUCACGCUGACUCGUAGAAUACCUCUCAUAAAUACGGCGCCAGCGUCAACAGCUGACACACCUGAAGAUCCGGCCAAUGGAAAAGUAAGCGACGAAGAAACGGAUGAUGUCGACCGAGUGGGACUGCACGAGCUCAGCAGAGGCACAGGGUCGUUCUGGGAUGGCGGCCUCCGCGGGCGAGAUCGCCUUGCAGCUAUAAUGGCGGCAGAAGCAGCUCAGAAGGCGACUGUUAUAACUGUCUCCGCUGGACCAGUCCCUGAUGCGUGUAUGCAUACAUCAGCAUGCAAGAUUCGUCUCGUCCUGAUACCGCCUCUUUCGCAAGAGAGGCUUCCAAUAGCUGGACUCCGAAUCCUACGCAGCCCCUACUCCGACAGCUUCACAGAACCACAUCAGAGGUAUACAGAAGCAAAGGUGAAGGCGGAAGUUCUCAGCGAGGGCACCGACAGCGUGAGGAAGCUCCAUCUUCGUGAGGAAGUUGGGCUGGCUUGCAACGCAUCCGUGAGGCCUCCCGAGCAAGUUUUCGGCUCGAGGCAGCACGAUACAGACUGGCUUUUGGCAGAGUUUGGACCGUUCUUCAUCGAUCAAGAAGUCUAUGUGGACGUCAGAAAACCUGACGAAUCACCUUUGCAGCUACCGGCGGGUGUGCUCACAAUCCAAACCGCUAAAGAGACAACUGACAACCUUGCGCGGGUGGAACAGGGGAAAGAAACCUUGGCGAGCGUGCAGCGACAACAUGUUGCAUCAGAGGCACAAACGACAGAGGCCAGCAGCGAUGCAGGAAGGAGCGGGAGUGAGUCUGCUUCCCACACGAGGAGCGCAGAUCAGGCCAGCGUUAUAGUGACAGCAACUCUCGACCUUGGUCUCCUAUUCAAAAAACAGGGACGACGUUCAAGCAUGAGCCGUAAGCCGAGGAACGACAGUGAUCAAGGACCGAAGACAUCAGGAAUGCAAGAGCAUACGUUUGCUACAGAACCACCGGCCUUCCAGGAGGCUCGUCAUACCAACACGCACUCGAUGCCACCAGCAAUCAAACAGGAUGCCAAAGAACCGGGGACGCCUGGCGCGCCAAGUAGUCAGCAGGUGUCUGAAACCAAGCCGGGCGUCUACAACUCAACCACGGCUAGCACGUCUGGCUGCGUAGGAGGCCACGGAGAGGCAGAGUACGCGGCAGUCGUUUACCUGAUAUUGACCGACCAGCGCCUGCUGGGCCUACGGGGGUCACCUGUGGACGCCGAUAGCCUCCGGUCCCCGGCAAAGGCAUUCUCACGUGCUCAGCAGCGAAACGCGCGAUCCAGCCUACACAUCAGGACACACACAUCGUCUUCAGCCUAUCACAACGUAGAAAACUUUGUAUCUUACCGCGGGCAACUCUUGACUGCUGAGGCCCUUCAAGCUCGUCUCCGGUUUGAUCCGUGGAUCGAGUACACGGAGUGGCCUCUGCGAUCGUCUGAACAUAACAAAGCAGACCUGGGAUGCGAGUUCCUUACGUGCAUGAGGCAGAAGUAUAGCACACUGCUUGCCACUGCUGGAUUUCCGGCUAGUUCCAAUCCAGGGAGGGGCUUUCCUCUCACGGAGCAUGAAGCACCCAGUGCUACUGAGCUUAUGACCCCCUCGGCGAGGCAGGAUUCUGCCGGGGUGCACAUAAUGUCAGUGGACGACCUAUCGAGCACUGCGAUUACGGCGCAAACGUCUGACCCGCAGCAUUCCUCUCAACACAGGGACGCAGAUGACGGCAUACACAGUGUGCGCGGCUUUAGCUCUUAUCUGGAUGCGGUGGAUACGCAUUCGAGCGCCCAUGUACUUGAUGGGACUGCUCAGAGCGCUGUCCGAGUUUUCCGCGUGAACAUACAGGGGUUACUCAAAAAACGGUCAGAUGGUUCCUCACUAAUAAAAGACGAUGGCACCAAACAGGGAGCAUCGCCGACAGUAAAGGUUUCGGUCAGGCUGCCGCUCCCAAGGCCUGCUUCUGGUGUUUAUGCGGUGAAUGUCUUCGCAGCCAUUGUGAGGAGAGAAAUGCGCCCGGUCCCUGGCGGCGUGUGGCCCUCGUUGGGAAGACAAGGAAAACCGGACGAGUCUCCUUUUAUUCCGGCACAUAACAGCAAAAACACAGCCACAUGUGCAUUUGCUGGGUACCAACAAGUCUGGUACUCCACCCAGCAAGUGCUUCUGGAUGAAGCUACUCCACCAGAAGCGGCUCCACGUGACCUUAUCGAGGGCGGCCUCCCUCGGUUUCUCAGACACGGAGAUGUGGCGUAUGUCUAUAUGGCGGCGGACGCUUUGGUCUGCACGGACUGGACGCAGGGUUCCGCGGAAUGCUCGGGAGCGUGUGAGUCACCCCCUGACCAACCUGUGGCGCCGUGCCCCCCGCAUGAAAACAAACCUUUCGUGAGGUGGACCAGCAACUCAGCCCUUGAGGUGAUGCCGGACAAGCGCGUGUGCUCACUUGCUUUGUAUCCGAAUAGUGGACAACUUGGCAAAGAGAACGGCCCAGAGCCGCCAAACCUUCGACACACGAGGGUGAGACGGGAAGAAGAAGAUGACAUGGAUGCCGUGGAACGGCGGAACGCCACUUGGCAGUGCAGUCACGCGCUUCGCCUGCGCGCCAACAGCGAAGUAGCAUCAGGUAGGAGACAUGGUGCUAUAAACGAAGGUCUGAUUAUUCUCUCGUGGACGCCAGAAGGGGGCUCCUGCAACAAACACAGGAGCGAAGCGGCAUCUGCUCACAGGAGAGAGGUGUGUCUCGACUCAGGCCGUUGCAGGCACGAGGAGCUUUCCUCGCCCGGCCGUCACGCGCUGAUAUAUGACGAGCAGUCAACAUUUGUGAAAAUCCCUAUACUGCCAAGGGAAUAUCCAAGCGUCUUUCAUGCGUUUCAUGUGGUGGCACCUGAGUUCUCAAAUAUCCUCCAGCCACAUGGAAGUCGUACCGAUGCUGCAGCAGGGAAAGUUAUUGCGCCAGAAGACACACAGCAGAAGGCUCCGCGAGACACUUCUUUCCAGGUGCAACCGCGUAUGGGACGGCAACAGGGGUCUCGUAAACUAUCCGACCAAUUCAUGCACGAAGACGGAACUAACAAAACACAAGUGACUCAUGGGUGUGACUUUGUUUUUCGUGCUUCUCCUUCGCGUCCGUCAAAGCCCAUAAAAAGCGCUGUUGGCCUCCCUAGUAAAAAUAGAGAUGCCUCUGUGUGCGGCCCCCCGAAGAUGAAACCUGCUGACUACGAAGUGCAGGAUGGGAGAACUGUAUUUCGUGAGUUUUUUCCUGUCCCGGAUGCUCUGCAUGGAGACGAGGGAGGUUUCUUCAUAGAGGCACGGAUGGGUUUCGUGGACACUAUCGAGCGACGCGGAUGGAGGCUGGUUAGCCCAUAUCACUCAACGCUGCUAUGCGACGAAUUCUACAAGUUGUCGCCUCCAUUCUACGGACGAUCAACAUCCAUAAACUUCAGUGAAUUGAACGGGGUCCCCACGUCACCACAGACUUCGAAGACGGAUGCUAGUCACGGGAGACGACGCGACACUAACUUCUUUCCGCCACGAAGCGACCGGCAUGACGGGAGAGAAAGGCUUCUUUUAAAUUGGACGGAAGAAUACGAUAGCUUCCGCGAGGCCUGUGCCUCGUCGGCUGCUGAGACGGCAACAGGUGCGCCCCCCGAGGAACUGCCACACUUCUCUACAUUACUAAACAUCAUCGUCACCAGGGCGAUCCUCGCCUCCUUAGACUAUGAGUGUGGUAGUGCGCGCGAGACCGAAUACCGGGCGUCGUCGAUGACAAACUCCACGGAUGAGUCGGCGUUCACUACAGUUCCUUAUCAACAGGCGAUUGAGGGGCAAGCGGUACGCGGAUCUACUGCAGCAGAUGCCGCGGGAGAUGGAAAGGAUAGACUGUGUGAGAAUUUGGUGUCACAAACACGGGCAGCUAUCGAUAUUGCGGGGCUGACUGCCUUGCGGUUGUUGCCGCUUUACCUCCAGAGGAAUGCCUCAUGUGGGUGCGGCGACGGCCACUUUCUUUCAUCGAAUGGUUCUCUGCAGAAUUUCACUCGCCGCCAGCAUUCGUUCAAGCAGGAUGCUUCCCUGCCAUCAGGCCCUUCAGACGACACGGACAAUCAUGCUCACAGAGGCAUUUUCGACGAGAGUAGAAUGGCAGGAAUAAGUGACGCACGGCUUCCAUGCAAGGGUCUUGAUAUAAACCUCAUGCUACAUGCCGCUCGCGUCUUCAGAAUUGUCUCAAGAGAAACUGAGCUCAGGAAGGAGAGUGUUCCACGCGGCACAUCACACAGGCUCCUGCAUGCAGCUGUACGCUCGGUAGUUAACGCGAUCAACUGUCAUGUGAAAGCCCGUGCGCGGGCGUGGGCAGAAAACCAGGCUGAUGCCUUACUGGAAGGGGACGAGAGGAGACAUGGUUCUUCGCUCGCUGAUUGGAUCGGCAUCGAGUUGCUUGGAGAAAUUCGUUUUGCCCUCGGUGCGGAGCAUCGCUUUGGGCUGCCUGAGGAUAUGGAGCGCAACAUAGGAUACGACCACUUAGUAAAUAUUGUUCUGCGUUCGGCCGCAACAGAUGCUACGAAACUGGGAGACGACGCUUUGAGUGUCGGUAACCUUCUUGAGCUCCACGCCCUACUUCUUUCCGCCGCCCCCACAGUCGCUGGCUUCCCAAACGUUGAACGCAACGCGUCUAUUGCUUUUGCUACGCCGGACGAUCUACCGAGUCAAAGUGUCGGAGAGCAAGAUCGGACGGCGAACGGACCACCCGAAAACAGGGUUCCACUAAACAAAUGCUGUGGCAAACUGUCCUCGGAGUAUCUCUUGUCUCAUCCUCUCCAGAAAAUAGAGAGUCCUAAUGCGUCUCUUAACCGCUUACGGGCAAGCAUAUGCAGAGCCUCAAUCGGACAGAUCGAAUUCGGCCCGCAGGAAAAGUACGCAACUGUAGUCAACACCGAAGGCGUUAGCUCUUUUUCAAAGAUGGCUCUAACUCUGAAAUCUCAUGCACUGCUUCUUAUUCUCUGGUUCCGAGGUGCUUCAUCGUGUGAACUGCCCAACUUCCAGCUCCUCUGGCGCAUUGCAAAUGCGGUGGCUGACAGUGAUGUUGCUGGACCUUUUCUGACGGGGCAGGCAGUCUGGCCAAAGGCUAAAGAAAACUUUGCAGAGGCUGAUGGCGACAGCCCCCGCCGCUGUCGUGAGGAGAACGAUCUCAGUUUUGUUCUAGAAGCCCUAAGCUGUGCUCACGAAUUCUUAUACCCCACAGAUACUCCCCGUCAGCCGGUAAAUGUUCGUGUGACUCUCAGUGUAGAAUCAGCUCCUUCCUCUCCCGUCUCACGAUUCGGAACAACGGAUGAUCCUUCACAUGACGCAUUCCACCGGCCCGAGAGGUCCGAGGGCUUCCCAUUUCUUUCAGGCCCCUCCGGGGAUGACCCGUCAACAACCGCAGAAAGGCCAUCAGCGAUGUUUCCGGCGAUAAACUUGACGUUGUACAGAACAGCCUCACGACAAGGGCCAGCGUGGUCACGCAAGAGCAUCUCCUGGAAACAGAUAAAGGACUGGCAAAACAGCGUCCCACGACCCUUUGAGGCUGCUGGGAGACACGGGGCGGGUGCCAAGGACGAAGAAGCAACCAGUGCUGUGACUGUCUACCGCGUGGAGUCUACUGUAUCGGGGCCUGCAGCUGGUCUCUCUAUUAUCCUGUCUGCGGUGUAUAGGGGCCUAGACAGGGCAGGUGUUGACUUCCCGCCUGCGCGAGCCGGAUCUUUCUCUCCCCUGCUCGGUUCGAGCAUGAGUAAAGGAAUCAACCGCUUUUGGCAGUUUUUCGACAAGAACGCCUUGAGGUGCACCGGGCCGCUUCAGGCCUUUGCGAAUGAGGGCUUGCGGGAAGACAGAGGAGGAACAGACAAUGGUCUGAAGCACAUGAGUCGACACGGGUUCAAGGUGAAGCAGUACCUGUGUAUCUCCGUAGCACUGGAGAUGAACACGCCUAUGAGGUAA